AAAUUUUACCGCAAGCGUUGCCUUUUCGUUAAAAAAAUGGAAAAACUGUAAAAAUAUUACAGAAAAGUUAUUUCUUUAAGAUUAAAUGUGUUUCCAUAUGCUUUUAUUAGCUUAAAAGAGUGCAAGGAAGUUAAAAUAAAAUGAGUGUAAACCAUCACAAGCCGUCUGGUUCAGGUACAUCUGGGCAAGGCAGCAGUCAUGCUCCAGGUGGAUCAGGAGGAGGAACAGGCACAGGGACAGUGCACAUUCCCAGCAUUGAGGAGAAGAACAAACAAAUACAGCAGGAAGCGUUGAUGGAGAAGAUUCGAGCCAAGUACAGACAAAAGCCAAAGUCAUACGAUGAGAUCAAGAAAUCAAUACGAAUGUACUUCAUUGAGAAGCAUUACCCAUUGGACCCUGUGUGCAAGGCGACGCUGCAAACAGUUCUCGAUAAACUGCAGCAUUACAUCAAGGUGAACUCCAGACACGGGCUAGUGGAGCGCCUGGAGAGCCUCUCUCGACAGCUAGGUCUUAAGUUCAUGGAGGAUCAACAGACGCUAUUCAUUUCCACAGACAUGUUCUAUGUGGAAAUACUGCUUGAUACCGAAGGCAAGCUCAGCGACGUCAAAGUGCAUCACGAAUGCAAAAGUGAGCAACCAUCCACGUCGCCAUCCAGCUCCAGCUCUGCUGAUCUCCUUAACUGCCUCAAGGCAGGCGACUUUGCCGACUUCACAGUCCAGUUGGAAGGCCUCUCCUCCAUCUACCAGCUGAACGCGGAGCCUAAGGUCAAGAAGAAGGCUUUUGUGGCUCUCGAGGCAAUGGAAACAGACAUCUACAAUCUCUACCAGCAACUUCAACAGCAUCAGCAACCACAGAUCGACAGCUACCAGAUGAUGAAGAUGUCCUCGGUGGGAUUAGUGAUGCAGCGACGAGGCGGACACCCCAUGAAACUCACCUAUUUCUGUCCUCCUCUGCACCUGCUUGAAUCGCAGGUGAAAGGAGAGCUAGUAGAUGCAGCUGCAAGUAGAGACUACAGCAUUGAGCAGGUUAUGAAAAGCCCUGUUGGACUGAAUGCCACUCUCAAUCUGGAGGGUUCCUCGGCGAAUAAAUUGCAAAUACUGCCAGUUGUCAGCUUCAGCAGCGAGUCUGGGCUUCCUCUGGAGCUGCCUGCUUAUGCUUCACUCACUCAGAACAACUCGAUGCUGAUUCCGGCUACCUACGUGCUCCGUCUUGGUAAACCGAUGCCCGUCUGCAUCGAUUCUCUGCGUGCUCUGAAUCUCCCAGGUGUACCUACAGAAGGAGAUAUGUCUGUGAUGAAUCUGAUAGUACAAACUGCUUCCAGGCAGCUCAUUAGGAACAUACAGAAAGGAUUGUAUGUCAAUCUCCCAAAGGAAACGCACUGCUACUUUCUGACGGACAAUCGCAGACUGCAGGGCACAAUGUUGUCCUCACUGCAGUUCACGGAGCCAUCUCAGGUGCCCAAGAUAAUCGCAUUCCUCAAGAAACAAGCGCUCUUCUACACACUUCUAGCCAGCUGCGUCAGGGAGCAGCAGAAACAGUACAAUGAUAUGGAAAGCACCAUCAUCUUGGAGGUGACUGCUGUGUCACUCAAUCAGAUCACGGUGGAGUUGCAGCAUCCUUACGAGGAGUCGCUGGCAACGGUGGACUUUCUGCUGGAAGAUGGCGAGGCUACAUGCACUAUUUACUGCCUUACCAAUGACUACGAAGCGCUCUCUCAGAAGCUGACCCGAACAGUGCGCCAGGUUGUCUCCAUACCUAUGGUCAUCUAUAAGCUACUCAAGUGCUGGGAUGAGGAGCACCUUCAGAAGCUGCAUGGAAUGGCAGCUCCAGGAGCUGGAGGCAGCUCAACCAGUGGAGCAGCUGGUGGCUUUAGCGGCGGAUCAGGGUUAGGAGGAGGAGCAACAAACUUUGGCCACUUUGCUUUGGAUUCCAGCUCAGUGUCUGGCGAAGGCAGCAGUGGGGUUGGAGGUGGACUAGGAGGAGCUGGUGGAUUCAGUAGCGUCAGCAAUCUAAAGAUGGAGUCGACUCUGCGUUCGUUGGCGGAUGCAUUCGCUGACUCGACUUCAGCUGCUGCGGCUAUUGCGGGAAUCAUUAAUCUCAAGAGAGAAACGGAUCCUCAAGCAUCUUCCAGCAGCACUUCACUUCCACUUUCCACCACCGCCUCGACUUCUGGAGCUUCGACCUCUGCUUCCACUUCAAGCGCGGCAGCAAAGGCUAGCGACCAUGAGAUUGCAGAUAAGUACAAGAACAUCUGGAAAGAUAAGACGCCCAACUUAAAGCACUGCGUCAGCAUUACGCCCAUUGCUGGGGAUGUCAAGGCGCCUCUCCAGCAACAACAGCAACAAGUUGAUGUGCAACGGACGGGAGGCAUUGAGAUCAUUCCUCUGAGUGCACCUAGCAGUGUGGGAGCCACUCCAAGUGCCGGCUCUCCAGCCACUACAAUCACCAUCACACCUAUCACAGGUGGAGGAGGGGGCAACGGAGCAGGCAAAGAUGCAGUCAAGGAGCAGAAGAAGUCGACUUCAAGCGGAAGUGGAAGUAGCACCAAACGACCCCAUGAGAGUGGCUCCUCCACUUCCUCCUCUUCUUCCGCUAAUCCGAGCAGCAGCAGCGCCAGCACCUCAAGUUCCUCGAGUGACAACCAAAAGGAAAAGAAGCGCAAGAAGAAACGAGAUGACUCUCCAAUGGGUCCCCCAGAGAAGAUCUAUUCUCGACAAAACUCCCCAGCUGGAGGUGGUAUUACAGAUUCCUCGUCGAGCAGUGGCGUCGUGCGAAAGUUCUCGUCUCCUUCGACGUCAUCUUCCUCCUCGCCCAAGUCUGGUGUGGCAGGAAUGGGGGCAGCUCUUGGAUUGACAGCUCUUGGCCAACCUUCGGCGCGUCCAAGUCCCAAGCACAGUCCAGUCUACAGCAGCCCGAAGCACAGCAGCAACACCGCCUCAAAUAGUCCGAAGUCGCCAUUUGGCACCCACUCGCCCAAGCAUGGAUCCUCUGGAAAGCCGAGCAUGUCCACGCUCAAGAGCGCCACUGCGGCCACAAGCCUGAGUCUGAGUCCUAAGGCGGAGAAAUCUUCGAGUGGCAUCACUUCGAGUGGAUCUACUGCAAUAUCGCUACCACUAGCUCUUCCUCUGCCCACAGGCCCAUCUGUAUCUGGAACUGCUUCAGGAGCAGGAUCAGGCAGCAAUCCUCCAAUGAUGCGACCCGUGCCGCCUUUGGCCGCCAGCAGCAGCAGCCAGUUGCCGGCAGGCAUCACCAUCAAGAAGGACAAGAGCAGCCUGGGCAUAGGCAUGGGCAGUUCCUCGGCUACCUCCUCCGCUUCUUCUUCAGGAGUCGUUGCAGCAGCAGUCGCCGCCCUUAAGAGUUCCCAGCAACAACAGCAGCAGAUGAAGCCAUCUGUGAGCAGUUUAUCGCAUCUGGCAGCGGGUGGCAACCUGGGCAGCUACUCGACGCCAUCCGUGGCCGCUUUGGAACUCAAUGCUGCGCUCCGCAAAGGUAUGGCGGGAUCGGGAGUGGGACCGGGAUCGGGUCCGGGAAUGGGCGUGGCAGCGGGAGCGGUAGGCGCGUUUGAUGACGUCGACGGCAGCUUCGACGGCAACCAUCCCAACCACGGCAACAGCAACAAUAUCAUCGGUAGCAACAACAGCAGCAGCAGCAACAGUGGAUUCAUCAGCCACAGCCUCGGGCACAGUGGGAACGGGAGCAGUUCCUCCUCCUCCACUGGCAAUAGCAACAUCAACAACAACGGGCAAUGGCAACACAUCAUCAGCAACAGUUGCUAGCAGCGGCGCCACAUAGUAGCGACAGUGGAAGUAGCAGCAGCAGCACGGGAGUAGGAGCAAACACUGGAGGGUCUUCGGAAUACAUGGUGAAGCCAAGCAGCCAGGAAGGUCUUAAACUGACCAUCAAAACAGGAGGCAUC